GCACAUGCUGACAAAUUAAUUUAAAGAAUAAUAAAAGACACACACAAGACUUAAAGAUAAUUAGAGGAUUCCUUUAUUUUAGUGUUGAAAAACGUAACUUUGGUGUACUUGUUAUUAUCAAAGAAUUAUCGAAUAAUUAUCGUACACAUGGUGCCCGCCUGGUUUCGCUAGUUAAAUAAUACAACUCGAGCAUAAACAAUAAAUGCUCUCUCAACUGCAACGUUUUGGAUUGCUGGUGAGUAGGCGGAUCCCCGGAAUUCAAAGUUCCGUGGUGUCCAAUUCAUCUAUCAAAAUGAGCAGCAGCCAUAGCGUAGAUGGCGUGGAUACCGACAUCGUUUGGAUGGACCUGGAGAUGACUGGGUUGGACAUAGAAAAGGACAAGAUACUGGAAGUGUCCUGCAUCAUCACGGACAAGGACCUAAACGUGAAGUCCGAGGGACCCUGCUUUGCCAUUAACCAUCCGCAGGAGGUUUAUGACACCAUGACCGCGUGGUGCAUUAAGCACCACAACGAAUCCGGUCUGGUGGAUCGCUGCAAGGACUCCGAUGUUAAGCCCGAACAGGCAUCCGACCUGUUGCUAUCAUAUCUCAAAUCGAAUAUCCCAAAACGUGUUUGUCCCCUCGCCGGAAACUCGGUCUACAUGGACCGGCUGUUUAUUAGAAGAUUCAUGCCAGCGGUGGAUGACUAUUUGCAUUAUCGCAUCGUGGAUGUGUCCACCAUCAAGGAACUGUGUAAGCGAUGGAGUCCUGAUGUUGAGAAGUCCGCCCCCAAAAAGACAUUUGCCCAUCGUAGUCUAGACGACAUACUGGAGAGCAUAAACGAGCUCAAGCAUUACAAAGCUAACUUUUUUAAGUAAUUUAAAAAAUGUGUUAAAAAAUUUUACUGAAGAAUCGUUAUCUUAAACCUGUGUUGCUGCCACUUAAUUUAAAUAUCGAUAGUUAAUGUAGUUGGAAUGGACAUGGAUGUCAAAGGAUGUCGCUAUUAAUCAUCCUCAGGAGACUGUAAGAUAACUUCUGAUUUGCUAAUAUUUCAUCGUGUAAUUUGAUUGAUUUGAAGAUCAUUUUCUCGUAGUAUUUUGGUAAGCAAUAGUUUCCAUUAAAUUUGUAAAGAAAGAUUCUAUGAUAUUUGGCUUAAAUUAUUGGCAAAUGCAUUUUGUAAAAAAAAGAUAUACAAUAUAGUUUACUGAAUUUUCCGUAUAUGCACGGAGAAACAGAACUCUAUCAUAAGAAAUAAGAAUACGAUUGCAAUAAAGAAUUCAAUGCUAGUA